AAUUUAGAAUUUCGGUUUCUCCUUCGAGCUCCAAAUUCUCGCUCUUCCCUCUGUUCUUCGCAGUCUCGACGGUGAUGCGGGAGGAGGUUCGAACCAGAUAACCGAUUCAUUUGCUGAAUAGAAGCGGCGGAGGCGGACGAAGGAGACGUUGCGGAAUUUGGAGUUAUGGCGUACAGGUCCGACGAAGACUAUGAUUACUUGUUCAAGGUGGUGUUGAUUGGGGACUCCGGAGUAGGUAAAUCUAAUCUCCUCUCUAGGUUUACGCGGAACGAGUUCAGCCUCGAGUCGAAAUCGACCAUUGGCGUGGAGUUCGCUACGAGGAGCAUCCGCGUCGAUGAGAAGGUCGUCAAGGCUCAGAUUUGGGACACUGCUGGUCAGGAAAGGUACCGUGCAAUCACGAGUGCAUACUAUCGUGGAGCAGUUGGUGCACUCCUUGUCUAUGAUGUAACUCGCCAUGUAACAUUUGAGAAUGUUGAAAGAUGGCUUAAAGAGCUCAGAGAUCACACAGACUCUAACAUUGUCAUCAUGCUUGUGGGUAACAAAGCUGAUUUGCGCCAUCUUAGAGCUGUCUCUACAGAAGAUGCUAAAGGUUUUGCUGAAAAGGAGAACACUUUCUUCAUGGAAACAUCAGCCUUGGAAUCAAUGAAUGUCGAGAUCGCUUUCACCGAAGUGCUUUCUCAGAUUUAUCGCGUUGUGAGUCGAAAAGCUCUCGACAUUGGUGAUGACCCGACAGCUCUGCCGAAGGGACAAACGAUCAAUGUCGGUAUCAAAGACGAUGUCUCCGAUUUGAAAAAGGUUGGGUGUUGCUCAGCCUAACAAGUUAAGUGUUUUUGUUAGCACAAAUUAUUAGAUGCUGAACAGUAGACAAUAUUCCGAUUGGUUGUUCAUAGAUGUGAACAAAACACGUAAUAAUUUCUCUUCAUUUGAGUGCAAAUAUUUGUUGCUGUGCGUCUCUUACCGUAUAAUUAUCUUUUACAAACUCAUUUAUAGGUAGUGAGCAUUUGUUAUAGUGAUUUAAGCCUUACGGUUCUAAUUUUGACUGUUAUAUUCAUAUAUGAUGUAAUGCUGUUUAUAACUUUGUUAUUUUUAUAUAAAACUUGUAAGCAUUUUUUUU